GGACCUUUGUACUUCAAGUUCAAUCACAAAAGGGUAACAAACAAAGGAGAAGAGCUUUCGCCAAUGGCAACUGAAGUAGAAAUCAUUACCUGCAAGAAUCAGAUAAGAUCAUGGUCAAGAACCAUGAGAUCCAACGGCCACAAAAUAGCCCUGGUUCCAACAAUGGGUUAUCUGCACCAAGGCCACAUCUCCCUAGUAGAGGAAGCGAAGAAACAUGCCAAUUUAAUUGUUGUCUCAAUCUAUAUUAAUCCCAGCCAAUUCGCCCCUAAUGAAGAUUUAACGAGGUAUCCCUCUGAUUUUAAUAGUGAUCUUUUGAAGCUCAAGCAAGUUGGGGUCAAUGUGAUUUUCCACCCUGAAAAUCUCUAUGAGACAAAUUCUGAAUCUGGGCAAACUGGGUCUUCUGAAAAUGUAGAAAGAGAAAGUGGGUUUGAGCCAAAAAUUGAAAUUGAAUCAGGUGGGUCAUCUGUAACUGUAGAGAGAGAAAGUGAGUUGAGUUCUUGUUUGGAGGAGAGAGGUCAGUUGGGGCACCAGACAUGGAUCAGGGUCGAGAAAUUGGAGAAAGGUUUGUGUGGUAAGAGUAGGCCUAUAUUUUUCAGGGGUGUUGCUACAGUUGUGGCCAAGUUGUUCAAUGUGGUGGAGCCUGAUGUUGCUGUUUUCGGGAAGAAGGACUAUCAACAAUGGCGAAUAAUCUGUAGAAUGGUUCAAGAUCUCGAUUUUUCCGUAGAAGUGAUUGGAUCCGAGAUCGUGCGUGAUGCUGAUGGCCUCGCCAUGAGCUCACGCAAUGUGUAUCUCUCUGCAUAUGGACGGCAAAAGGCCUUAUCAAUUAACAGGUGUCUCUCUAAAGCUAAAUCCUCCAUUCAAAGUGGUGAAAUCUCUUGUAAACAGCUGAGAGAUUCAGUCAUGCAAGAAAUAUGUGAAGCUGGUGGGAGAAUUGAUUAUGCAGAGAUUGUGGACCGAGAAAGCUUGGUGGAAGUGGAGGAGAUUCGAGGCCCUGUGGUAUUCUGCAUUGCUGCUUGGUUCGAAAACGUUAGAUUGAUUGAUAAUAUGGAAAUGUAAAUUUACAAUGUUCACAAUUUUCUCAAUAAUUCCUUUUAUAAUUUAUCGAUUCAAUAAACAUGAGAUUGAUGAUGGUGUUGAGAGAUUUUCAAGCUUCUUUUAGAUACAUUAUUAUGUACCUAAGAGUCUUAAUUCAUAAAAGUUCAUUAUAAUGGAAAUUCCUUAGAGAACUAUUGUUAGUA